UUCAUCGGUUUCGAGAUUUAUUUCACGAAGUAAACACUCGUUUGACAAAGAUGCAUGAGAAAAAGUUUAAAAUCAUAACCGUCACGUAAAAUGAUUUUAGUUAAAUUUAAUAUAUUUCGUUCGAAUUCAUUGAGCUAAAAGUUCCUAAUAUGUUAUAAUUAACUGGAGGUAGUAAAGAUGGCUACCGAUUGUUGUUCGGAGCCUGCAAAAGCCAAAGAUUUCCCAACAUUAGUUAUUGACAAGGGAAAAAGUAGCGAAGGAUCCGAAGAUGAACAGCAGCAUCCUCAUUCGUGUCCCGAUACAUCUCUGUCAACGCCUGCCAUACCUUUUAGUAAUUCGACAGUAGAAUUUCUUAAUCCUUCGUCUGAGGGCUUUUUAUCAACCUCCAGGAGUGAUCAGGGACAGAGGAAAGUUAGUCCGGAUGUGGAGGAUCCGAAAGUGUCCAAAUUUGAUAAUAAAUUUACUCCUAGACGAGUACCGAGAACUAAUGGCAAAGGUGCCAGUAAAAUAAAGACCAUUGUGCCUAGUGACAGUCCAUGUCAACAACAUUCCUUUCUCACAGACAUUACGGAUGUACGACAAAUGGAACAGGGACUCCUGCAACUACUGGAUGAUUUUCACUCUGGAAAACUCCAAGCAUUUGGUAUAUGUAAAGACUGUACUUUUGAGAAGAUGGAGAAUGUUAGGGAACAACAAGAACGAUUGGCAAGACUUCAUUUUGAUUUAAAUGCUCAGCAAGAAAUUUAUGGGCCUCAAUCAGAUGAAGGAAGAAGAAUGGCAAAAGAAAAUUUAUCAAAAUUAAUUGAGAAUUUGCAGCAACUAAGCAUGUCAAUUGAACAGUUACAAUCUGGUAGCCCAAGUGUUCAGACUGAUGUAUGACUACGAUAAUUUAGCAAUAUGUUGGAGCCAAAAAAGAAGAAAAAGCAAUUUUGUGUGCUCAUGAUUGCUUUAUUUUCAUAAGUUAUUUAUUAGUAUAUCACAAAUUGAAGGACCUCAAUUUUUUUAUAUUUGUGGUUCACUGUUCAUUUUAACUAUUUCAAUUAUUAUGCAAUAAGUUUAUAGAUUUUUUUUUAAAUUAAUUUAUAUAUAAACUUGAAAUUUUGUAUUAUAUUUAGAAAAUUAGUGAAACUAACAGCUAGUCAUUAUUAGUUUUGUACAAAAUAGCAGUUAAUGUUUGCUAUUUUAUAAAACUUUAGUUAUAUGCUUUUUUUCUAUAAUCUGCACAAGUAGCAAGAAAAUUUCUUGCUUGAAUUUUUAAAAAUAUUUGCAAUGCACUGGGUAUAUGGAAGUAUUAUAUAAUUUUUUAAUAUGAGUUAAUAAUCUCUUAAAUUUAUCUAUAAUUUUAUAAAAGUCUGUUUCGUACAAGUAUAAAAUUUAACUUUUAUGCUUAAGAUGUUUUCACAAUAAUAAUGAACUAUUUUUCAAGAAAACUUAUGCCUUUUAUAGAUAUUAAUAUACUUUAAUAGUAUGCUCGUACUUAAAAUUGUGAUAAUUACUGAAAUUUGACUCGCAUAUUUAAAAUAUGAAUAUAAUGUGUAAGUAUUAUAUUUUAAAUUAGAUUAGGCAUGAAAAAUUUGUUAAAAUAAUUUUGAGAUUUAUAUGAUGAAAAGAGUGAGAUAGUUUUUAAACAAGCGAGAUAUUUUUACUCAUGUUAUCUGAUUGAUCAAAUUUACAUUGAUCUAAUUAGGAAUUGCGACAGAUUUUGCAGUCUUGUUUUAUGUAAUGUUCUUUGUAUCAUAGAUGAAAUUGGUAAUUUGCUCAAUAUGCAGCAAGAAGAUAUUGUACUGUUGAUGAUAAUUUAAUAGGAAAUAUGAUAUCUCAGUUUAACAUACUUUCAAGAACGUUUUCUUUACUUGAAUAUUUUUGCAAUCAAAUAUUUCUCUCUAGUAUAGUAUUAAAUUUGAUUCUAUCUGCUAUAACUGUUAAAACUUAGGGACCAUCUCUUGUGAUAUUGAAACUUUAAUCAUUUAGCUCUUAAUAUUUUCACAAAUAAAUUUGAUAAACUGUUUCUGACAUGAAACUAAACUUAAUCUAUAACAUUUAAUGUUUUUCUGUUUAAAUAAUUAAGAGUAUUAUCAUCACACUUAUAAAAACAAAGUUGAUUGACUGUGAACGAUAUCUCACACUAAUUGAAUCUUUCAAGUCUCAAGGAAACUUUAUAUAUUUCUA